ACUAUCCCUGCUGUCUCCUCUCUGGCUAUUUCUCCCGUUUGGUCCACAGACACUUUCUCGCCUUCUCCCUGAUUCCUCCUGCUCCCUCUCUUUCUCUGCGCUCUGCUCGCCCCUCCUCUCUCCUUGCCUUUCCCCCCUUCUCUCUCUCCUUCUUUCUCUGUGAUUCUGAACCAUAGACACAGAUAGGAUCUGUUACAGCAUCAGCAUCAGCAAGAGCUCAGAUUCCUUACAGUAGCUCGGGCUGCCUUGUGUCAACCAGAGUAGAAACAUCAGUGGGUGGGUGCUUGACAGAGCCAGCACCGGGGAGUUAAUACCAGUCACUGCUGGAGGUGUGACACAGUCCCAGCCCACAACACAUUGAUUCACACAGGAUUAAGCCACUGCAUGAUGCUUCAGGUUGAAGGCCUGGUGCAGGUGAUUUACUCUCCCUGUCAAACUUAACAUCUUUGGACCUUCCUCUGCCCUGUUCCUGCUUUCGGUGGGACUACUAAAAAAAAAGCAUCUGCUACUGUAACAACCAGAUCACCGAAAGGGAUGACUGGCAGUCAUCUUGCUCAGGAGUAAGAGAGGAAGCAAUGGGCUGGACUAUGACUCUAAAAGAUGACUUUGGGGUCAUUGCCUGGACACGGCAAGCUGGGAGCUACCUCAGCCUCUUCCUCCUCUUGUCUCUCUUUUCCAUAUCUGUCCGUUUAGACAACGUGUAUCCUAGAGACCACCAUUUUUCAUGGAAAGCAGGCCAGUGGGGUCAGUGUACCGGUGAGGAGUGUGGCUCUGGUGGGGUUCAGACAAGGACAAUAUGGUGCAUCCACAUGGAGGGCUGGACCACGCAUCACUCCCACUGCCAUCACAUGGAGAAACCAGAAAGCCAGAGACAGUGUUUUAAAGUCUGCGACUGGCACCAGGAUCUCUUCGAGUGGGAGGCGUCAGAGUGGGGGAGCUGUGUUCUUGUUCCUUUCUUUUCCAAUGAGCUCAAAUUGAGGGCAACUGAGUGCAUUACAGCACAGCAUGGGAUCCAGAGGCGCAAAGUCUACUGCGUACGCACCUCAAAUCGAACCACAGUCAGUUCGAGGAUAUGUGAAUUCUUUUCCCAAAAACCACCUGUGGAGCAGGCAUGCCUUGUCCCCUGCCCCCAGGACUGUGUGGUUUCAGACUUCAACUCUUGGUCAAGUUGCAGCAAAACCUGCGGUGCUGGCCUGCAGCAUCGGACUCGACAUGUUCUGGCCACAUCAAUGUAUGGAGGGGCAAACUGCCCCAACCUAACUGAGACCAGGACUUGUUCCAGCCAUGUUGACUGCCCGGCUGGGGAGGACGAGUACCAGUACAGCCUUAAAGUAGGGGCCUGGAGUGAGUGCCGAAUGCCCCAUCAUAAGGAUGCCCUAUUAAGUGGAAGGACCACAGUGGACUUCAGCACUAUGUCCAACGAGAACAACACAGCCACGCUGCACACACUAGCGUCUCACCAGCAUUUCCAUCACACCCACCACCACCUUGCUCAUGCGCACAUUAAGUACCCCGCGUCGUGGGAACUAGAGGUGGGAUACCAGACACGACAUGUUCGCUGCACAAGAAGCGAUGGCAAAAAUGCUAUGCUGAGCCUCUGUACGAAGGACAAAUCCCCACUGACCUUCCAAACAUGCGUGAUCCCCAAAGACUGUCAGACAUCCGAUUGGUCAUCGUGGAGCCCCUGCUCUAAGACCUGCCGGUCCACCGACCUAUCCCCUGGCUACCGCCUCCGGUCACGGAUCAUGACUCAGAUCCCAGUUGGCGGGGGGAAGCGAUGUCCUGCCCUUGAGGAAAAAGAAGCUUGCAAUAUCAUAGGCGAUUUACUUCCAAACUGCCCCAGGUAUGUGUGGAGGACCACUGACUGGGGCGAAUGUCGGAUUCUACCCUUACUGAGCCAGCAGAACCGGAGACUGGCAAACAUCAGCCUUUUAUGUGGAGGGGGCAUCCAGACCAGGAAGACCUACUGUGUUCAAGUCCCUGAUGCCUCAGCACCACAUCACAGAAAGGAGGUGUCCAGGCCUGUAAAUGCUAGGCUGUGUGAUGGUGAAGAGCCUCCUUUGGCUGUCCAGCACUGCUCCAUUCCCUGCCAGCAUUACUGCUUGCUCACCGUGUGGUCACCCUGGGAUGCAUGUCUAUAUGACAGCUGCGAAGAACCACAUGGGAAGAAAGGUUUCAGACAGAGGAGGAGAGAAGUGCUGUGGGAGUCUAGUGGCACUCUGGGGACGUGCCCUCAUCUGACGGAGUUCAUUCCUUGUGACGAUCCUGCCUGCUACCUGUGGCAGGUCCAACAAGAGGGAAGAUGUAUUCCCACAAAAAACUCCUGCGGUCCUGGAACUGCGAUCCAGAAUGUGACCUGUGUCAACGCUAAAGGAGAAGAUGUCCCCGAUGCCUACUGUGUGGAAGGCCCUCCACUUGCAGAAGAAGCCUGCGAGGUGCCCUGUUCUGCAGACUGUGUGGUUGGCCCCUGGUCCUCCUGGUCCACCUGCUCACACAGCUGUGCCAGUAAAACGGCAGAGGGUAGACAGAGCCGCACUCGCACUGUUUUAGCCAUCCCACAAAAAGAUGGAAAAGCUUGUCCAGCGGGUCCAGCUCUGGAGCAAUGGAGAGUCUGCAAUGACCAUCCUUGUGUGGUAUUUCACUGGGAAGCUUUAGCAUGGGGUCCAUGCAUUGAGGAUACCUCUAUGGCUCUCAAUGGAACCAGCCUCCAGAAUGGGACCAUAACCUGUGCUGUCGGGGUUCAGAUCCGCAAAGUCAUCUGUGUGAAGAUGAAUGCUGGUCCAGUCGUAAAUAAAAGAUGUUCAGAUUCUUCCCGUCCGGAAACCGUCCGUCCUUGUUUGCUACCCUGCAAGAGAGACUGCAUUGUGACGCCUUUCAGUGAAUGGACAACUUGCCCAUCAACCUGCCUUCCAGAAAAUGCAACCACCGCCACACAGUCUCGAUACAGGACCAUCAUUCAGAGGGCUGCUAAUGGAGGUCAAGAGUGUCCCGACACACUUUACGAAGAGAGAGAGUGUGAAUCACUUCGUGUAUGUCCAGUGUAUAGGCAUAGAGUCAGUUGUGUUGGGCAGAGUGGAGAGUCUGCCAAUAUGACAGAGUGCCUGCAAUGGGCUGGUCCCUUGCCCCCUCAGAUCAGAGAGUGUCGUGUGGCUUGCAAGGAUGACUGCACUCUAACUGCAUGGUCCAAGUUCUCUGAAUGUGCUGGAUGUGGCAGCUCUCGAAUACGAAAGCGCUCACUUGCAGGUCGUAGCAAAAAAAAGGAAACCUGCUUGAAUAAGGAGUUGCACCCGCUGGAGGAGACAGAGACAUGUCCUUGUGAUGAGUUUUUGUCCCAGCCCUGUGGGAACUGGUCUGCUUGCAUACUCCCUGAUCCUUCGGUCUUGGGAUCAUCACAGGGCUGGAUGAGCCAUCGAGAGGUGAAGGAGUGUGGCCAAGGUCUGCGCUACAGGGCUGUUGCCUGCAUUAACCAGCAGGAGAACCUGGUUAGCCCUGCACUCUGUACAGAGUCAGGCUACAUUGUGGAGGUUUGCCACAUCCCUUGCCCCAUAGACUGCAAGCUCAGUGACUGGUCAGCUUGGUCCCCCUGCAGUGCAUCCUGUGGCAGCGGGUUAAAGAUCAGGUCUAAGUGGCUGAGAGAGAAAGCUUUCAAUGGAGGACGACCGUGUCCCAAACUGGAUUUAAAGAACCAGGCUCAGGUGUAUGAGGCUCUGCCAUGCUACAGUGAAUGCAGCCAAUACGAGUGGAGGGCCGAGCCCUGGUCCAUUUGUACCAUCAACACUGUGGACGACCUGCCUGCCUGUGGGGAGGGAGUCCAAAGCCGCAAGAUCAGGUGUGUAAAGAAAGGAACAACGGGGAAUGGGCAAGACAGCACUGUGGAGGAUAGUCUGUGUGAUCAAGAGGAAAUGCCACCCAGAGCCCAGGUCUGCUAUCUGGCAUGCCCCAAUGACUGCGUCAUGGCGCCCUGGGGACCUUGGAGCAACUGCCCUGUGCAAUGUGACCAAGAUACAUCAAGAAACAGAAGCAGACAUAUCCUGCGCCCCGCAGCUUCAGAUAACUCACCCUGUCCAGAGAUGGUCCAGUCAGAGUCCUGUGUUCUUAAUAGUACAUGUUUCACCUACCAGUACAGAGUCUCAGACUGGAGUACAUGCCAGCUGAGUGAAAAUGCCAUCUGCGGUCAGGGAUCACGUUUUCGUCUCCUGGACUGUAUUCGCAGCGAUGGCAAGGUUAUGGAGGUGCAGAAGUGUGAGCAGUUUGGCUUGAUCAACAAGUGGAUUCUAACAGAGAGCUGCGUAGUCAACUGUCCUGUCAGCUGUGUGCUCUCUGAGUGGUCGCCGUGGGCAGAAUGCUCGCACAGCUGUGGGAGUCGAGCUGCUGCUUUUCCACUGUCUGAAAUGAACUGUAGCUUUGGCUUGAUCAACAAGUGGAUUCUAACAGAGAGCUGCGUAGUCAACUGUCCUGUCAGCUGUGUGCUCUCUGAGUGGUCGCCGUGGGCAGAAUGCUCGCACAGCUGUGGGAGUCGAGGUCAGUCUGUGCGCAGUCGGAGAAUCCUUCAGGAUGCUCAAGAGGAGGGUCGCCCCUGUCCCAACCAGCUCAUCCAGACCAAACCAUGCCCCAUAAGGCCUUGCUACAUGUGGGUGCUGAGUGACUGGUCCCCAUGCACAGUAGCGGGCGCAGCAUGUGGUGAGGGGCUUCGGAGAAGAAACCUAUCAUGCAUUGUCCACUGGGGAAACUGGCAUGAGUCUCCUCGUCAGCCAGUGAAGGAGGAACUUUGUGGAGACGUGCUUAGGCAACGUAUCCAACAAGAGAUGGAGCAGCCCUGUUUCGUCCCCUGCCCUGGAGACUGCCAUUUGACUGAGUGGUCGUCUUGGAGCUCGUGCCAGUUGACCUGCCUGGAGGGGCGGAGCUUUGAAACCACCGGUCGCCAAGCGCGCUCCAGAGCCGUGAUUAUUCAAGACAUGGAGAAUCAGGACAGCUGCCCUCAUCAAGUCUUUGAGACCCAGCCCUGUAAAGGUACUCGGGAUGCCAUGCAUUUUCCAUGCAAAGUCAUACCAGCAUCAGGUCACCGGUGUCAGGCAAAAGACGACUUCCUUCGGGGAUGUUUCCCACAAAAAAGGCCCACCACGCUAAGACACUGUCAUCCUCCGUGCACAAAACCGUUCUCACACUGCACGCCGAGUGGAGUGUGUGGGUGUGAGAAGGGUUACACUGAGGUGAUGACCACUCACGGUUUCUUGGACUACUGCACCAGAACUCCGGGGGUGGACAACAAUAAGAAAGCAGAUGUGAAAACUAACUCUGGCAGAUUAAAACCUGGGCCGUCUAAGGCCAAAGACCUCUACAACGAGUGGACCCUACGACCUGUCGGCCCAGAUGGAAGAGUAAAGCUGUGGGUUUACGCCGUGACUGCUGUUGGAUUCAUCUUAAUACUCUUCAUUAUAGCGUUAUCGUUCCUGGUCUGUAAGCCAUCCAAAACCACUAAGACGUCUCCCCCACCGCAGAAGCCCUUGACCCUGGCCUAUGAUGGUGACAUGGAUAUGUAACCAGGCUGCUAUACCUCACAAGGACACACUCGGGAUCAGACAGCCUGCUGCCUGUGUUCAGAUUGUUAGGAAGCACAUCCGUCACUUACUGUUUGCUCGGUUUUUGCAAUGUCUCAAAUAGAUCAGCGAAUAGCAACGAUCACACAUGAUUUGCUGCUGAAGGGUAACAAAUCUCGCUAGAGCCACUCGCUUCCUCAAAGAAGAGGAGCCAGAGCUGAUCAAAGUGAAAAAAUGAGACAUGGACCUCUAGUUUCUUUUCUGUUUUUUUAAUGCUUGCAACAUGAACACACAGUUGAAGCACUAUUUAAAACCUGCGAAAGAAGAUGAAUGCACAGCUGUUGAUCUUGGAGGGGGGUUUUUUUGUUUUCUUUUUUGUGCGUGUCAAGAAUCCGAGGGACAUCCUGGUUGACUCGUGAUAUUCAAAGACCCACACAGGUGGGAGUAUUUGACUUUGUCUCAUCAGUGGUGGAUCUUUGUGAAAGAAAACGUCUCAAGCCUUUUGAGUAAACUAAACAGCCUUUUUUUGAAUUUUCGACAAUAAACACGAUGGUCUAUGCACUACGUUAGUGCUGAUUCCGUUUUCCUUUCCGAUGACUUUUCUAGUGUUUUAAUUGUAAUGCAAGUUUUUGCUGUCAGAUUGUGUUUUGUUGAUGAUGCCAUAUGUUGUGUAUAUGUGAAAACCAAAUGCAGGCUUGCCUUGAGUUUAACGAUACAAUGAUGCAGUAAUUUCUCCUCCCUAAUUCUCCCUGGAUUCUCGACCACUGAGGACAAAAUUGAGUAAGUAAGUCAGAGCGGAGUAAUCUGUACAAAACCAAAAAAUGUCCGAGUAUUUUGGUGACGAGUGCAGUAUCGCACAUAAUGCAAAUUACAGUAUGUAAUACCAGUAUGAUAAAGACCAUACCUCAUAUGCAGUGCUUAAAGGUUAUUAGACCACCUGCCAUUAAAAGAAUAAUAAGAAUAAAUAAGUAUUUAUUAGGCAAAUAUAAACAGGAUUCAUAUUUUUAGAUUAAAAAAAUCAGAAAUUAAUGAAGAAUAAUAGACAACCACUAAAACGAAUUUCUCUGUUCAGGAACACAAGGAAAUAACUGUAAUUUGACAUUUUUAUCAAAAAAUAACAAGCAGUUUGGGCUCUUUUUUAUUGGGGUUUUUUUAAACUAAAUGUGAAAAUUCGUGGAUAUCAAUGAUAGUUAUUUGUCAGCAUAUAACAAGUUUGCGCAUACAGGUCGAUUUAACUGUUACAGAAACAUAAAAUAUUAUUCUGGUAAUUACCGUUACUGUUUAAUUAAGCCAGUUGUGGUAUGAACCUUUCUAUGGGUUGUGGUCUAAUUAAUGUGUUAAGCACUGUACACUUUUUCACUAAAUGCAAAGCAAGAAAGGACUAAGCAUCAAAGAUACCGGAGCAUAGAGAGGACAAAUUAUCCACUGGAUUACACACAGUGCUUUAACAGAGCAGAUGCGCUUUAUUUAUUUAAAAAUUGUCAUAUUUUAGUGCUUUAUUUUACAAAUCCAAUACAUCCAAAUACAAGGUCUUUUUUUGUUGUUGUUAUUUUUGUACCAUGAGUACAGGGCUGAAGACAUAAAAGAUAGCAAAUACCAAAUAUUUAUGAGCACAUCAUUUAAUAAUCCAGCAGCUUCUUAUCUUAUUUUCUUAUUCUAGUCUUAUUUUCUAGCCCUGCCUUUUUUUAAAUAUAUAUAUUUCCACUCAUAGCAUCUUGGUAGAUUCGAGACAUUUCACCUUCCUUUUGUGCAAUAUUCACACAGCCCAGUGGAGAAUGAAGUUCCUGGUAUUGGCUAAUUUUGACUCUGAUCAGAGUUUAUGCUGUUUCUCGUUCUGCCAAGACUAACUGGAGAUUUGGUCUUGUGUUGUCCGACCUCCUCCUGAAUGUAUUUUAUCGGGAACUCUUUAAUCUUAACGGUUGUGCAAAUACGGUUGUUACGUGACUGUAUUCCAACAGCUGAUUGUACGUAGGCAUGCUAGAUCCAUUUUGGCAGAACGUUCUCCAAGUGCCCUUUGCAAAGAUUCUGUUUUACAAUUUACCUAACAUUUCAGAAUCGUUUAAUUUAGAUAGUGUUUCUAAUAUUUGGCCGAUAAAGUGACACAAAGGAACAUGUGGAAAAUGAUGACAUGGAUAACGAAUAAAAGUAAAGUGAAACCCCUUUCUGAAAACAUGACAUACUAAUUAUUUACUGUAUUUAAAAGAAAAAAACAGCCUGAUUUGAUGAGACAUCUCUCUGGUUGUGUCCCAAAAAACUAAAAGUAUGUUCACCCAUUGUUUACAGCAUCAUGCUGCUUGUGUUUUUAUUGUGUGUACAUGGAGAGCUGGACAAAAAUGCAAAUAAAUUGUGAA